AUGGAAUUUGAGCGAUUUGAUGUUGCUGAUAUUGAUUUUCCUCCAUCAGUUGAUACCUGUAAACAUAAAGAAAUGAUCAUGGAGUUUGAGAGGUUCGAUGUUACUGAUAUUGAUUUUACUUCAUCAGCUGAUACCUGUCAAGAUAAAGGAAUCGUAUGA